AUGCCUGAAACGGGGAUCCAGCCUCCGGCGCGGAAACUCGACGAGUUCGAGCAGCUCGUCUAUGAUUAUACGGGGCGUAUGGGCCUGGGGAGCGAAGAGCACUGGGAUGUCGACGGCCGCAAAUGUAAUCUCCGCUUCGAAUCCGCGACUCGUGGGCCCCCAGCCAAAGUCUCGUUCCUGAUCACCAUCACGCCGUCACUAAGCAACUACUUGGGCAACCUACAUGGCGGCUGUGCUGCGACGCUAAUUGACGUUCUAUCUACGACAAUCCUGCUCGGAGUAUCGGAACCGGGCAAAUUCUCGUUCGGCGGAGUGAGUCGUAACCUCAAGGUGACUUACCUGCGCCCGGUGCCGACGGGCACGGAGGCACGCAUCGUAUGCGAGAUAGUCCAUGUGGGGAAGCGGUUGGCGCUCUUACGGGCGGAGAUCCAGAAGGCCGAUACCGGUGAUCUAUGUGUGGUAGGCGAGCAUGAAAAGGCCAAUACCGACCCGGAAGUGACCCAGCGGAUCUAA